AUGAAGCAUAAAUUACCGAUUUUACUUAUCAUUAACCUUUUCCUCCUCAUAACCUUUGGGGAUGUGAUAAAGGGAGAUGAUAUUAUUAAUAAAAAAAAGGAUAUAUGGAAAUCUAGAUUUACUGUAGGAAAGGGAACUCCCCAAAACAAUGAAGAUUCCAAUGAUAAGAAUAAGGAUACAGAUAAGGAUAACAAGAAAGAUAAAGUUCCAGAUGAUAUCCUAACGAGCAGCAACAAUAGGGACGAUGUGAACGACUCUCGGAACAUAAUGCUUUUGAGAGAAAUUUACGAAAAGGACAACGAACUAAGUAUCAUAAAAAGAAAAAAGAAAAAGUAUAAAACAGCUACCUUCACCUUGGGAACUCUGCUAACUAUAAUAGCAUUACGUGCCAUAGCGGACCUAGCCGUGAAAGGCAUUUCCAAGAUCUUCCAGAAGGAAGAAAGUUUGCUUAGUGGAUUAAUUUUUGACAAGUGGAGAUUUAACAAUUUAAAAAAAAAGAAUUUGCUUAUUGAGUCACUGGAAUGA